UUUAAAUCUAUGACGAAAGUAUUUGUCUGCUAAGAAACAUUUUACAUUGAAUCCAUGUAGUAUGGCUGGAAAAAGGGCUUUAAGAGAGGAAAUUAAGGAUGUACAUAGAGAGAGAGAUUACAUACUGCGAUGUAAAAUCACAGAUCAUCAGUAUCAGAUUUUGGAAUGUGUGCGUACCAGAAAUGCUGAAAAAUUCAAACAGUUGCUUAAUAUGGGUAUUGAUCCAGGGUUUACCACUUAUAAAGGAGAAACAUCAUUGCAUAUAGUAUCGGGGAUGAAACCUGAUGAUGCAUCACUGGAAAUUUUGAGUCUGUUAGUAUAUUUUGGAACAUCUUUGAAUACCAUGGACAGAUUUGGACAAACACCUCUACACCAUGCAGCCAGGAUAUCAGCGCAGAAUGUUAAAAUACUAUUGGAAGGAGGAGCAAAUAGUGAUCUGAUGGAUAAUUCAGGAAGAACAGCAUUGAUGGAAGCUUGUAACAGUUGUCCACAGGAUGCUUUGACCAUUGUCCAGUACUUGAUGGACAGAGGCUGUAAUAUAUAUAGCACUGACCAAGAUGGUUGUUCAGCAUUGCAUUACAUCUGUAUGAAUAAAUCCCAGCUAGUUUCCAUCAAAACAGAAAUUGUUUAUAAACUAUUGUAUGCUGGAUUGUCUGCUACAGCUACAGAUAAAACAGGUAAAAUGGCCAUUUGUUAUGAUUUUGAGCAGUACCUUUGUAGAAGAUCAAACUCAAAUUCACCUAUAAAGCUUGUUGAUGAUAAGUUGAAGGUCACACAAGCAUUAAUACAAGGAGGAUCAAAUUACAACAGGAAAAAUCAACGACAUCCAAAAUCAAUAAAAGAUGCAGUAGUGCUUUACAAUUCACCAAGUUUAACUUCUUUACUUGUGGAAUUUCGACCUGUUUUGAGUGUGUCAUCAUUGAAGUCCAUCAGAGAAAAUGUUUUAACUGGUGAUGGUCAUGAUGAGUUGUUGAGACACCUGACAGAUUUAACACACAAAGUUCAGUCAUUGAAGUUCAUAUGCAGAAUAAAUAUAAGAGAUACAUUGAAAGGUAAAUGUCUGCCAAAAAUAGGCUUAUUACCUCUACCUAGAACAUUAAAAGAGUAUUUAUCACUUAUAGAAUAAUUAAAUGAUAGUGAAGAA